ACAAUGAAGACUUCCAGCAGUCCGCCUGCGGGGACUGACAGAAACCCGUUCGUCCACGAGCUGAAGUUUUCCAUGACAGACAAAAUAAAGCUCAUUCUUUUACCACCUCCAGAGAAAAUGUCAAGCGGAGCACCCCAGACGGAUUUGUCGAGCUCCAACCAUGACGCUCAACCGCAGGGAGCCGGGGAGGGGUGGAGAGUCGGGAAGAGUGUUUGAGCUUCAUAAAUCAACCCGGUGGUGUUUAUUUAUUAAUACAGCCCCGAAGCACACACCUGGGUCCUCCACAUCCAGACAUGCAUCACGAAGAAUGGAAAGAUGGCAGAGGAAGGAAGAGGAGCUUAGAUACGACUCCCAGGGGCGGUGACAGCAAGCUCGUCAUUCCAAAAUCGGACUCAUGUCAGUUACAGUUUUUCCAGUCCGGCUGCUGUUGGUCUCUUUCUUCAUGCUGCUGGCGUGGCCUUUCGCCUUCACGGCUUCGCUGGGACGCUCUGAGCUUGUCCCCGAUCCACAGUCGUGGUGGAGGAGAAUAAUAGAUCUUUGUCUUCGGGUCAUUAUGCGAGCCAUGUGGUUCUGUGGUGGUUUCCAUUGGAUCAAAGUGAAAGGGGAGCGAGCGCCGCCUUCUGAAGUUCCCAUCCUCACCGUAGCCCCGCAUUCCUCCUAUUUCGACGCAAUCCCAGUCACCAUGACCAUGUGCUCCAUUGUCGCCAAGCUGGAGAGCCGGAGCAUCCCAGUCUGGGGCACUCUGAUCAGCUACAUCAGGCCCGUGUUGGUAUUCCGGUCGGAUCAGAGCUCCAGGAGAAAAACUGUUGAGGAGAUCAAACGUAGAGCCCAGUCUGGAGGAAAGUGGCCCCAGAUCAUGAUAUUCCCUGAGGGGACGUGCACCAACAGGUCGGGUCUCAUCUUAUUCAAGGCUGGUGCUUUCAUCCCAGGACUCCCAGUGCAGCCAGUGGUGCUGCGAUACCCAAACAAACUGGACACUUUCUCGUGGACGUGGCGCGGCCCUGGAGCGUUUAAGAUUUUGUGGCUCACUCUGUGUCAGCCUCACAACUCUGUAGAGAUCGAGUAUUUACCCAUCUACCACCCGUCAGUGAAGGAGAGGGAAAACCCUGCUCUGUUCGCCAGCAACGUCAGAAAGAUCAUGGCCGAGGCGCUGGAGGUUCCCCUCACUGACCUGUCCUUCGACGACCGGGACAUCAUCCUGUCACACGGCCCACUGAGAAUACAGGACUGCACCAGCCUGCUGCACUUCAACCAGCUGCUGGGCCAACUGGGGUUAAAGUCAGGGAGCGGAGGCGACCGGCUGCAACAGGAGGCCAGCAGGGCCGCCAAGCUGCAGGGGGACAGACUGGGACUGGAGGGCUUUGCCCAGUUUCUCAGCCUUCCAGUUACAGACAUGCUCAGACAAGUCCACAACCUCUUCCAUCAGGACGGAGACGGAAAGAUAGACGUCAGACACUACGUCACCGCUCUGUCUGCUGUGAAGCGGCCUCAUAAACCCAUGGACACAUUAAAGCUGGCCUUCCAGCUGUACGAGGAGGACAGCGGGGGAGUCGCAGGAGACGACCUGGCCGUCAUCUUAGAAAUAAUGUUGGGAGUAAAGGAGGUGGAGCUCUCUCCUCUGUUCCUUGAACUUGAAGCUCAACACACAGCAAAGAUCACUUAUGACGAGCUUCAGUGUCUCAUAGAGAAACGUCCACACUUCUCUGUGGAUUGCCUCAGUUUUAAGGAUCAUCCUCGUCGCGGCUGCAUCGGUCGACCCAACAACUGCAAUGGACACAACAAGGACGACUAAAUAACAGACUCCAUGUUCUUAUGCCUGGUUUGAUGGUUCUAUCAAGAUGUUGUGAAUCGCCUGCUACUUCUGUGCCUUAAAGUGCAGCGGAAGAAAGAAAGUCUUCAUUCAGUUUUCUCUGCCUUUUGUUUUAGAGCAUACUUCGGUGUAAGGAAGCAUUUUUUUAAAAACGUAUAUAUAAAAGAUGAAUAAUUUCUUAUACUACAAUUAAAAACUUUAAGAAGUCAGUUCUAUAGUUUCCUCUAAGUAGAAAGCUCUCAGGUACAGCAGACACCAGCUCACUUAUCUUUACUUCUGAAUGACAGAGCAAUAUUCCCAGUGACAGAAAAAAAAAAAAACUAUUAAAAAGCAAUGUUAUUGUUGCUUUACUGCAACGUCAACUGCUCUAUGCAAGGAGCAAAACUGGUGUGGUGGUUUUAUGAAAUGCUUAAGGAGAGUCGUGCUCCUAGAACCGGUUUAAAACAAACAGAGAACUGAGAGAAUGUGAAAACGAUUAACUUUCUAAAGGGCUGCAGUAAAAAGGUAAGAAAGAGGAUACUGUUGAAAGAAUAUCUCAGCUCUGUGGCCUUUUUCACAAAGUAAUUUUGUCAGUUGGGGAAAAAAUCUAAUUUUUUUUCAGAAGUCAUGAAAAGACAUUUUCUACCCGGUGACUGCACCUUCACCGUUACAUUUCUCUGUUUUUGAAUAGGAAUCAUUAACACAACCGUCAGAUUUCAGAACUUUUAUUAUUGUUCAAUUAAAAUUCUUUCACUUGUAGCAUUGACAGUCUCUGUUUAUGUCCACCAGGCGGCGCUUUGCUUUCCCUCGAUCAAAAUAUGACUUCUAAAUUUAUUUAAACUUAGACCCAUAUCGUGUCCAUCAUUUUAAAAAUUUUCUUUCGUACAUUCU